GUUUGGAGUAUUUUCUUGCUUGGUGAUCUGUGCCAGUUCCAAAAGCUUUUUCUUGUGAUAUAUUGCUCUGUCCUCUGUUUAAUUGCAAUGUUUCAAGUUACUCUAAAUGGAUUAACUCCUUGAGGAAAAUAGCCACAAAUUGUAUUUAUCAAAUAACAAAGCAAGGCAUCUGCUAUGAAACUGUUAAGCAUGCAUCCAAUUCUCAGCAUAUUCUCCUUAUCAUGUGAACUUUGUUGUUUGAACAUGGUUUCAUUAAAGUAGAAAGUUUGUCUGGUAGACCUUGACAGCAAUCAAACUCCUUAUCAGUUCUUCCCUCUUGAUUUGAUCUCAAAUGUCAUUUCAUGCUUUGACAAAAAGCUGGACUUUUAACUGACUCCCUGUCUCUUGGGCUCUCUUGCGCUGAUUGUUUGCUGCAGACUACAGAAUAAAUAGUCUGUUCUUCAACUGACUGGCAAUAAUGUUCAGCAACAAAACUAUUUUCUGGAGUGUUGGAAUUGUUAUCGGUGUGGUGUUGGCAGUGAUUGGAGGUAUACUGAUCCCAGUUGGGGAUAAGAUUAUCCGAGAUACUAUAAAUAAGGAAGGUGUUAUUAAAGAAGGCACCCUUGCAUAUGAAAACUGGAUACAAACUGGAAGUCCUGUCUACAGGCAGUUCUGGCUUUUUAAUGUGAAGAAUCCAUCAGAAAUUAUGAAUCUUGGAGCUAAACCUGUGGUUGAACAAAAAGGACCCUAUACCUACAGGGUACGGCAACUCCCAAAGGACAACAUUACUGUAAAUGAUAAUUACACAAUAUCAUACCAACAGCCUUUUUCAGCAGUUUUUGAGCCGAGCAUGUCCGCUGGUUCGGAAGCGGACAGAAUCACAGCCCUCAACCUUGCUGCUGCAACCUUACCAUCUUUAUUUCCUGUUGAAAGUCAUGGUUUUGUCAAUCUUUUCCUGAAACUGGCAAAGGCCUCUUUGUUCCAGAAUAGAACAGUGGGUGAAUUACUUUGGGGAUAUGAAGAUCCAAUACUGAAACUGGCAAAUUACAAAGACACGAUUACUGGUAUAUUUUACCCAUACAAUGGAACAUCGGAUGGAAUUUAUAAUGUAUACACAGGAAAAGAUGACAUUAGCAAAGUUGCAAUCAUUGACCGCUGGAUGUACAAGAAAAAACUGACUUUCUGGAAUGAUUCAUUCUGUGAUAUGAUCAAUGGCACAGAUGCAAGCUCAUUUCCACCAUUUGUUCAUGAUAGGGAGAAAUUAUAUUUUUUCUCGUCUGACAUUUGCAGAUCUAUCUUUGCAGAAUAUGAACAAAAGAUAACUCUGAAGAGAAUCCCUGUUCUUCGUUUUGUUGUUCCUCCUCAAGCUCUUGCAUCUUCUGUUGAGAAUCCUGACAAUCACUGUUACUGCAAAGAUAUGAGCGUUUCAGAAAAUUGCACCUUUGGAGGAAUCCUUGGUAUUAGUGUUUGCAAAGAGGGCAAACCUAUUUAUAUUUCACUCCCUCACUUUCUAUAUGCAAGUGAUGAAAUCGUGAACGCAAUUGAUGGGAUAAAUCCCAAUAAGGAAGCACAUCAAACCUAUCUGGAUGUGGAACCUAUCACUGGAUUUACUUUGAGAGUUGCUAAACGAAUACAAAUCAACUUAAUGUUUAAACCAUCAAAGCAAAUUGACAUAUUAAAGAAUAUUAAGAAGCCAACAUAUUUUCCACUUGUUUGGCUCAAUGAGACAGGUACUCUUGAUGAUGAAACUGCAAAAAUGUUCAGAAAUUCGCUAACAACACCCAUGACAACACUUGGUAUUGUUCAGUUAACCCUGAUGUGUUUUGGAUGUCUGAUGAUCAUUGCAUGCAUGGUUGCUUUGUGUCGAACCUCAAGCACCAAAAAGGCAAUCAAUAAACCUACUGAUACAACUAUUACAGCAAUAAGUUGAAAGUUACGAUCUGGGCCUAUUUCAAAAGUCCUCAGGAAUCCCAGGACAGAGAAACAACUUGUUGAAAAAAUGAUAUAGAUAAUUGUAGGAAAUUAUAGAAAGAUGUAAACACAAAAUUCAAAUGCCCACAAUAAAGGAUGUUCAGAGGUACAACCUUCAGAAGGACCAACAUACUUUGAAAAUCCAAGUUGACUGCAAAGACAUCAAACGUUGAGUGUCAUGAAGACUAAUUGAGUUCUCAGCUGUACUCUUCACUGUCAGAUAUGGUUACCUGUUGUAAAAUCAGAGCUGAAUAUCAGAUGAAGAUCCUGCAGGCAUCAUACAUUGUUGACACGGUUCUCUUGGUUUUAUCACAAGUUGAUCAAUGAACAGGGCUGUAAUCACAAUCAGUGUUCAAAGUUUAGGACAGCAAUGUCACUGCAAUGUGGUCUGCAAUGUAGGGUAGAAUGGGAAAAAAUGAAUCACUAUUCCACUGUGAGGUACAGGUUACUAAUUAUGUUACUGUCUCUUCUGUGGUGUCAAGUCAAGUGUAUAUUUCACGUCUAAUGUGUGGAGUUCAGAUUUAGACUUUCAUUUAUUCUCUGCAUCAGUUUUCAAAAUAUGCACAAUAAUAUUGUGAGGAGAGAGAGAGUCAGCGAAAACAACAUUUUGAGGGGCAAACAGAAUAUUAUUGCCAAUUGUGUAAGAAUAAUUGUGUCAGCAUCAUUAGUUUAACUGACUGUAUUGUAUAUGUGAUUGUAUUGCCGAGUGAAUUCUUCUUAAUUCAGUUGGUGUCACUGCCUCCUUAUAAACCCACUGCAAUAUUGCAGAGUGAAGCACUUUGACAUGUAUUGCAUUUAAUUAAAUAAAUUGUGCUUGCAAGUUUACCUUGUGAAA